GAUGGGACGCUCAGAUUAAGAAAUUAAAGAAAGCUGUCAGACUCUUCUAAAGAUUAUUAGUUGUAUCAGACACGUUUGGUGGGAGGAUUUCUACCUCUGCAAUGAAUCUCCUAUCAAGGAUCCAAUAUCGAGCGAUUCGCUUAUCCUUGGGCUUUCGUCAGUCUACUCCUACUAACAUCCUCUUGGCUGAGGCUAGGGAACCUUCUCUGAUGCAGAGAUGGGCAUAUCUGGCUAGCAACUUUGUUUCUAGAAUCUGGACGUGGUUGAACCAUCCCCUAAGAGAAAUCAUGGACAAUGUUAUUGAAGAUCCCGCAAUCCCGACCGUGACGAGUGCGAGCGGCGCCAUAAUCAAAGCGAAGGCGGCCGCGGCUAGUGUGAGCUUGAGCAACGUACCGACCACCACAGUGGUCACCACGACGGUGAAGGCUCGGCCCGGUGGAGGCGGGCAGAUGACCAUGCAGAACGUGAGGACGACGUCGGCGAAUGUGUUGAAUCUGCAGCAGACCACUCAGCGAAUCGCGGCAGCAAGCUUGGUAUCUGCGAGUCAGACUUCCGUUAACGCAGCGAGUGGUCAGAAGGGCGGCCUGGUGGGCGUGACGGUAGCGGCGUCAGCGAAUAAGAACACGGCGCAGUUACUAUAUUUCAGACAGCAGCAGGUGCUGAUGCGACAGCAGCAGCAACAGCAGCAGCAACAGCAGCAGCAGCAGCAGCAGCAACAGCAGCAGCAGCAACAGCAGCAGCUCAAGGUGCUGCGGCGGCGGCGGCGCAGCAGCAGCGUACGGCAGCUACGACUUUGAUGAAGCAAAGUAUCGCUGCGGCCGGUGCUACGGGCGCCGUGGCGGCGCAAACUGGCAAGCAAACUGUAACUAGAACGGUGUCGGAUACGGAGAUGGCUGCUUUGCUGAAGCGACAGGCGCUAUAGCAGCAAGCGAAAGCGGCCGCUGCCGCAGCGGCAGUUGCGCAGGUUCAAGUGCCCACACAAGCGAACCUCUCGACGGCGCAGAUCUUCGCCCAGGCUGGCUUGCAGAUGCAACAGGCGGGGACUUCCGCUGGCGGCACUCCGGUGGCGACCCUCGUGAAAACAGCGAACGUAGCGGGCGUUCGUACCGCGACCCCGCAACAGAUCCGCCAGCUCGCGCUUCAUCCGCAAAUCAUCGCCCAGCGGAAGCUGCCGGCGCAGAAAGUCGCGCAGCUGGCGCAGGUCGCGAGUAAAGCCGGCGUGCAGACGCAGCUGAUCGUGCAGCAGAAAUCGCUGCCCUCGGCCAUGACGGUGCAGCAAAUCCAGCAGAUGAUGAAGCACUCCUCGGCGAUGCAGCAAUUCAGCCAUGUGCGUGAAACAUAUUACGCCAAUCGAUAUAAUUGAAGAACGUCCCGCCGAACAAAGUAACAAUUGACAAUCUUGCAAGCUUCCACGGGGCAAACGGUGUCUCAGGCCAGCCAGGUGGUGCUGGCCAAAUCGCCGCUGCAGACGCGUGUGAUACCAGUCGCAUCUGGAGCGUUGAAGUAGACCAUUCAGGUGGUGACUGCUAGUAAUGCUCAACUGUGACAGGCCGCGCCUAUUCAGGGAAAGCCGGUUGCUGGCGCGGUAAGACGGAGUCCCGGUCCGGGCCCGAACUCGGGCGCGAGUCCGGGCUCCUCCACUUCUGGUCCCAGCGGCGGCGCAGGUGCCAAUCCUGGCGCUGCUUCCGCGACCGCUUCGAAUCUGACUUCCCCCGUCGGCCUUGGUCAAGUAAGAUUGCAAACAAUGGGACACUCGCAGCAACAGCAGGCGCAACAGCAGCAAACUCAGCAGGACGCUCAAUCUAAAUAGCUUUGGACGAUCGCAAUGGGACAAUGAUCGCUUGAAUUAAAUUGGGAAAUUCAGAAACUGGAUUGGCUUUGCGUAUGUUAAGAAAAAUCUUACAGAUAUUGUAGGCUAAGGAUUAAUCAUUUUUAGAGUCUUUCUGUUUAGAAUACACGUAGAAGGGAAUAAUAAGUGUGAGAUAUCAGUAUAUUACGAGUUACACAUGAUUAUUAACAACAGAAAAUAUUAAUUUGAAGUGAAAUGUUAGAAUAUUUUCGAUAAACUGUUUAGUGGAGAAAACAAUGGUUGGAAAUUAUUUUGGAUUUAUUAAUGGCGAGAAUAAAAGUUUGCCCAAAAUAAAA